UGUAAACAAUUCUUGAGAAGUGAUAGGUUUAUAUGUUCUUUUUAUACUCAAAUGAAGAUUGUUAUAGAGCAAUGAGUAAUGUUAAGGAAACGUCGUGUAGGCUUUGCCUUAAAAAUAUAACCGAUAAAAGUUUUGAAGUGGUAGACAACAUUAUCAGAGACAUUCUAGAUGUUCUUUUGCUGAAAUUGAAAUUUGAUAACAAGAGCAAAGAGGUUAUAUGUAACGUUUGCAGAAGAAAGUUGAAUGCAGCAUUCGAAUUUAAGUCAACUUGUCUGAAUAGUGAUAAAAUAAUUAUUCCUUAUGUGGAUCGGGAAAAAAUGUUACAGCUUGACUUUAGAGAAGUGUACAUGCAGGAAAAGAAAAAAGAAUUAGUUUUCAGUCAGAAAAUAUGUCGAUUGUGUAUGCAGCCAGUAGAAAGUGAGUUCAGGUGCAUAAGUGAAUUGGAACUUGAAGCUAUUGAGAAAUUGGCUCCUGAAAUGAAUAUGAAUAUCAUCAAAGAUCCCGUUGUUUGUAAGCCAUGCUUGGAUUCUCUGUGUACUCACAACAGUUUCCUAAAUGAUUGCUUAGAAAUAGAGGAAAAAGUUGAAAAUACUUUUGAUUCUUCAGCCACAGAAAGUCAAAUAGAUACGUCUCCACUUGAUGUAUUCAUUAAGACUGAAAACUUGGACAAGGAAUUCAAUAUUAACGAGAUGAAAAUGCCCAUCAAAGUUGAAAGUAUCGACAUAAAAUCGGAAGAUGAGGAAAUGAGUGAUUCCGAAGACAUUUCAAAUGAAAUCGAGCAGCCCAGUCUUUGCUUGAACCCGGAAGAUCAAUUAACCGAAGAAUUAAGUGAUAUCGAAGAAACGUUUGAAGAUCAGGAAGAAACCCAGUUUAAUGAAGGAUAG